AUGUGCAAGGGCGCGGGGGACCGAGCCACCGCAGCCGGGGCGGCGGCCCUGGGCGCACUUCCUCAGUCUCUAGCCGCCCCAUCCCCAAAAAUGGGAGAGGAAGGAAACGAGGAACGAGGCGGCGGUCAGAGGGAGAAAAGAGGGAGCGGCGAGCCCUCGCCUCUGCAUCUGGGUGAGGCCAGCGGCAGGCGGAGGAGAGCGGGGAUCGCAGGCGAACUCUGCUGCGGGCCGAAGCUGGGAGAGACGACCGGCGGGCAGCCCCCGCCCAAGACGGCGGGCGCGCCCGAGAGUCCCCGGCACCCACCCGGCCCCAUCCCGACCGCUCCCGCUCCCGGCCUGUCCGCGUUCUACUCACGCUCGGGGAUCCUCGAGGCUCCGCGGCUCUAA